GCCGCGCCGCGGCGGGACGAGGCCGCGGGUGCGGCGGACGAGGCGGCGCAUCCUCAGAGCCCUCUGGCGGCCGAGGCCCCGGCGCCGCAGCGCGCGGGCAAGGGCCGCUUGGCGAGCGAGGCCGCGCCGCGGCGGGACGAGGCCGCGGGUGCGGCGGACGAGGCGGCGGCGCAGCAGCACAGCCAGCCUGCGGACGAUGUCCUGUCGCCGCAGCGCACGGGCGGCGCCUCGACGCCGCCCAGCGGGGCUGCGGCACCGGCACACGAGGUCGCUCCCAGCGAGGCCGUGGCUGAUCUGCUGGAGAAGGGGCAGAGGUUGGUCUCCAUGCUGGCGUGCGCGAUGGCGGGCUGGCUCAUGGGGAACGGCUGGUCCAUCUUCGCGGCGAUUUGCCUCGACUUGGUGGUGAUCCUCCCCUGCCUCUUAUUGCGGCGCUGGCGCAGGCGCCCCGCACAGCCUGCGGCUGAGGAGCCGCGCGUCAUGGAGACAGAGGAGGUGCAGGAGCUUGUCUCUGGGAAGCGCGUGCUCCACGUCAAGGGCUUCGGCGUCGGCUUCAAGGACCCCGUUUCCGCGGAGCUAAUGGCCGUGCAGCAGCAGCAGGACCAGAUCGCCGUCCAGGCUAUCAAUCGGUUCCGCCCGGAUUUCUUGGUUGUCGACGGGGAUCCUUUCGGCAGCGGUUUCCAGCGGUACAUCAAGGUCUAUGUGGACAGGCAGGUCGAAGCCGGGCUGGCGGUGCCGAAGCUCGUCUGGGUGAAGAGCGUGAAGGGGAGCUCGCCCAGCCCCGAAGAGCUGGAUAGAAACAAGAAGAAGGCCCGCGAGUGGGCCGACCAGGGGCUCCACGUGGUUGUCUCGUGGCUGCCAGAGGCUGCCAUCGCGAAGGGCGUGGACCGGCUGUUCGGGGAGGGCUGCUGGGAGAAGCUGCAGGGGCACAAGUUCGAUUUCAGGGGUGCCGUGCGGCUGCUGGAGCAGGCCGAGCCCGAGAGGCCCGAGUGGCUCCGCGGGCUGACCGACACCGCCUCUGGGGGCACGAUGUACGAGGCUAUCGAGGCCGUGGAGGGCAGCACGUGCAAUCGGUAUUUCGAGAAGUGCAGCUUUGAGAACGCCGCGAAGGGCAACGCGAUCUACCAGCACCUGCGGGGCGAGGGCCGCGAGCCCGCCGCGCAGGGGGCCGUGAGCUUCGGAGGCGGCGAGAGCGUGCUGCUGGAGUUCGCGACCCUCUACCUCUUCCCAGGUUCCGGCUUCGACGCGGGCCAGGCCGCGCUCUUCCCGUUCCGCCGCGGCAGGCCCGGCGACCCUGCGCUCCCCGCGCACCAGGGCCACGUUUUCCGGUCGGAGAAGCAGCUCAGCCCGGAGGAGACGACGAGGAGGACGAGGACGUGAAGGCUGCCGCUGGCGGCGCCUGAUGCACAUAGGGGCAACCAGCUCCUCCCUCCCUGGCUCGGCUUCUCCGCCCUCGCCGGCCCUCUUCCAUCCUCGCUGUCCUCGCUCGCCGCCCCACUCACCAUCCGAGUCUCGCUCAUCCCCGCGACGCUGGUGCACUGGCCCCUGCUGGCUACUCAGGCUGGGGCGCGAAGUACAGACGCACCAGCAGCGCGAAGAGCGAGGCAAACGCCGCCUCUGUUUGCUCAUUCCUACGCCUUCUCCUGAGUAUCAUCACCCUGCUCAUCCUGUUCGUUCUUCUUUCAGAGAGCACCGAGACGCUGCGAGCGGCCGCGGUGCACUUCAUUCGGGGCGAGGGUGUUCGCCUGCAUGAGACAAUGGUCUGCCGUCUUGGCGCUGGGCCUCAAAGGGUGGGAGGAGGGCCAGCUGAGACGGCUCUCCCGCUCGGCCACCAUCCGUCCCAAGUCGGUUCCCAGACUACCUCCGAAGCCCAUCUUGACCGUUUCUCGAGGCUGAUCCGGUCCGAGAAAAUCACACGGGAAGGCCGCUCUGUGAAAAGCCCUGCCAGGUCCUCCUACGCAGGAGACCCGCCUUGCUGUAUAGUGAAGGCAGCCGCCGGCGCCAGGCUCACCUGAUCUCGCACAGGCUUCGGUGUAAAAAUCUCACGAGAAGGCAGCCGCCGUCUCGUUUGGCCCUCCUCCGACAGGAAGUUUACCUGCCAUCACGAGGACGAAGCAGCGUCGUUCCCAGUCCGAUCCUCGUCCUGCUUGUAUUUUUUUUCGAAUUGAGCGAUCACGCCGCGAGAUGUUGCGGUGCACCUCAUUGGGGGCGAGGGUGUUCGCUUCCACGCGGCCGUGCAUCUUGAAGCGCUGGGCCCGAACGGCUUCUCCCCAUCCUCCUC